UCCAAAUUUUUCAUUUAAAAAUUCAAGAAUAAAACUGAAGCCAAAAAUCACUUACUUAAUCUUGAAAAUUGUGGGUUUAAGUGAUUUUAGUUUUUAUUAUCAAAAUUUAUUUGUAAGUGCUGAAAGUUUCAUGGUUGAAGCGAUGUCUUAGACUGAGUGAAUUAUUUUGAAGUAUCACAAUAACGGAUUUUAAAAAUUUUUAUAAAACCAUGACUAGAUGUUACUGGGAGAAAUAGUAGCCGAUUUCAUAACUAACAACAAAACAAAAAGAUUUUGCAGUCAAAAGUGGAUAAUACUAACUUUUUCCGUGUCAUCAAAAUAUUUAUAUAAAAUCGUACUCACCGAAAAGGCAUUGGCUGUGUUUCUAUCAUCAGCGUUUACUUAUAUUUUUGGUCAGCAUUCACUGGAGAUAUUACAUAAUGACACGUGCAACAAAAGUUAAUAAAGACGAACGACGCUGCAUAUGCAAAUAUUUUGGUAAAACAUGUUCAUGUAAGAACCGACUUGAUGCACAAACAUCGCGCAAUACACGUAUAGAUGAGAGUAAAAAAAGAUAUGAAUGCAAACAAUGUGGCAAGUCUUUUUGUAGUAAAUAUGAUUUGAAAAGGCAUACUCGUAUCCACACCGGUGAAAAGCCGUAUAAAUGUACUAUUUGCGACAAAUCUUUUGUUCUAUCAUUUCAUCUACAAAGGCAUAAUCUCAUACACACAAGAGACCAACUUUUUAAAUGUCACUUUUGCGGCAGGUCUUUUACUCGCAGAUUAAGUAUUAUAUGCCAUAUUCGCAUGCAUACAGGUGGAAAGCCACUUAAAUGCAAAUUUUGCGAUGAAUCUUUCUCUCAAGCAAUUCAUCUGAAAGCGCACACUCGUGCCCAUAUAGCCAAAAAGCCCUGCAAAGAUAAUUUUCAGACGCACACUCCUUCGUCCACAAAUGAGCAAAACUUCAAUUGUCACGAUUGUGAUAAGUCUUUUAUUCACAAAUCUAAUCUUGUAGAUCACAUUCGCACCCAUACGGGUGAAAAGCCAUACAAAUGUAAUUUUUGCGAAAAAUCCUUUACUCAGUCCUCAUCUCUAAGAUCGCACACUCGUGUCCAUACAGGCGAAAAGCCAUACAAAUGUAAAAUCUGCGGCAAACGUUUCGCCAACUCCUCUGGUAUACACUCGCAUACUCGUAGCCAUACUGGCGAAAGGCCAUUUACAUGUGAUUUUUGUGACAAAUCUUUUACUCAGCUAACUAUUCUAAAAUCGCACUCUCGCAUCCAUUUUGGUGAAAAACCAUAUACAUGUAAAGUCUGCAACAAAACUUUUACAUAUUCGUCUGGUCUACAAAAGCAUGAACGUACCCAUGACCCUCUUAACCUUAUAAAAGAACGACGUUUGAGAUGCCAUGAUUGUGGUAAGACUUUUAUUUUUAAAAAUAAUCUGAUAAUGCACAUACGGGCUCAUAUGAAGGUGAGAGACCACUAGGGAUCACUCAAGCUUCUCAACUGAAAGUAACCUUCUAUUUACACAAGACAAUGACGUUUCAAUUGCAGUAAGUUUUUUCGCUCUAAAAAUCUAACUUACAAGGCAUACUUAUGGAUAUGUACAGGUAAAAUGUUAUUUAACUGUAAAUUUUACGUCAAGUCUUACUAAAAAUUAAUUCUAAAAAGACUUUUGAGCACUUGUUCUACUAAAGUUAAUAUUAUGUUGAUAUUUGAGGUCUUUAUAAUGUUUAAAAAAUUGAUCCUAUAGGGUAUAACUACUCGUUGCAAAUCUUGUUUUAAAAUGUAAUGCAGAAGUAAAAAAUUUAACUCAUUCAUUCAUUUCAUGGAUAUGAAUAAAUUCUUUCAUUUAACACACUACUUUUAAGUUAGAAAGUGACAUUUGAACAUAAAAUGAUAGAGCAUAUUAUUAUGAUGUGACCGAUACAUUAAACCACUGAUACAAAAAAUCAUGUAAAAAUAUCUAUGACCAAAU